UUCUCAUUGGUCGAUUUUUUUUGUUCGUUCGUUCGUUUCUGAUGACUGUUGUGUGAAACGCCAGCAUUUUUUUCUGUCAAAUCAUCAUUUGCUUUUCACGUUUGGCAUUUUUUUUUUUGGUUUGUUUCAAACGAAUUUUUUUCCCCUUGGAUUUCUUUUUGAUUGACAAUUUUCCCCUAUUGAAAAAUCGAUUAUUAUUAUUAUCAUCAUGAUGACGACUAUGGAUCCAAAUACUUUGUUGGUAUAUAAAAAACUUGUUGAAGCAAAAAAACAAAUUGAUGAAGCAAUUGCUGAAUUUCAAAAUUUAUCAUUAUUAUCACAAUCAAAAACAUUGCCCAUUCCGGUGAAAAAUGAUUCGUUGGAAAAAAAUGAUUUAUCAUCAACUAAAAUGGUUAAUGGUGAUUCGGAUCCUUUGAAAAUUAAGAUGAUGUUGGAUAAUGGUGAUUCGAUUGCUCCGUUGAAUAAACAAUCAACACUAUUAAAAAUUAUUCGUUCAAGUAAUGAAUCAUUGAAAAUGAAUGGUAAAAUUGAUCAAAUUGAAGGUAGUGUUCAAGAUCAACAAUUACCAACGAAAACAUUGAAAAAUUCACGAAUUCAAGAUGGUACAAUUACAUUAAGUUUAGUUUAUUCAUCAAGAAAUUUUUAUGUUAAUUUUGAUUAUGAUAAAAUGAUUGAUUUCUAUAAGAAAUUGAAUGAAGAUUAUUUUGAAAUGGAUCAAAAACUUAUUACAUUAAUGCCAUAUGAUGUUAUUGUCGAUAGAAUUUAUGCCGUUCUUAAUCCAGCCGAUGAAAGUUAUUAUCGUGCCAAAGUUAUUGAUUUUCAAUCAGCUGAUUCAAAAGUAAAAAUUAUUCUUUAUGAUUAUGGUGAAGAAAUGAUUUUUGAACGAAAAAAUAUUUUUCGUUUAUUGCCACCGUAUGAUAAAGAACCGCCAUUUGCUGUUAAUUGUUUUCUUAAUGAAAAAUGGACCGAAGAUUUUUGUGCAUUCGAUUCGGCAAUGCUGAAAUAUUUAGAAGAUGGUAUUGCAAUGGAAGGAAAAUUCGCAGCACCAUUAUUGAAUUGUAAACGAAUUCCGGUUUCAAUCAAAAUUGAAUUGCCAAAUAAAAAAUUGGAUAAUUUUACAUCGAUUGAUCAUGGUGUUGAAAUUUGUGAUUUCAUUGCACAACAUAAAUUUAAUUAUGAAAAAUUUUUCCAAUUGAAUCCUAUUGAUUGGGAAAAAUUGUCAAAAUCAUUUCAAUUAUUGGAUUCGAAUACUGGUUUUUCAAAUUCCUUGAAGAUGGAUAAAGCAUGGAUUGUUAAAGUUGAUGAUAUUGAUAAUUUUUUGAUCAUGUCAGAACAAUCAUAUUCGAAAUCUGAAUUGAACAAUUUCAUAACCAAUAUCAGUCAUUUUUAUGAUUCAUCUUAUGAUAUGAUGUUUACGGAUGUUAAACCAAAUGAUUUGGCCGUGAUAAAAUAUCAGGAUUAUUUUUUCCGUGCAUUGAUAUUGUCGGAAAAUGUGGCAAAUGAAAAUUUUGAAAUUUUCGCAUUCGACAUUGGUUUUGUUGGCAAUGUUAAAAAAACAGAAAUAUUUCAUUUAUUGGAUAUAUUUUCAUUGGAAAAAUUUCAACCAUUUAUUUUUAGUUGUCGUGUGCACAAACUUGUACCGAUUAAAGAAAAUUGGAGUUCAAUUGCUAUUACUACAUUUAAAAAAUUGUGCAAAAAUGCCAUCAAAAUUAAUGUACGUGGUUUUGUCGGGGGAAAAUUACAGAUUGAAAUUUUCAAUGGUGAAACUAGUAUUCAAACAUUAUUUGUACGUUGCCGUUUUGCUAAACCGAUUGAAUGAAAUGAAUGAAAAUCGGAAUCUGGGAUACGAAAUAACCAAACAACAAACUUCUGGAUGUCAAUUGAUGGCAAUUGUCAACAUUUUUUUUCUUUUCCUUUUCGAGAAUACAAAAUUUUCAAAAACAAAACUUUCAAAUUCAGUCAACAUUAACAUUUUUCCUCAAAAUUUAAAAAGAAUU